UUGAUUUUGCUGUUACAUAGUGCUGUCUUUUCUAUUUCAUAGCUAUCUUUGUAUUGGAGAUGUGGAUUCAAUACAUAUAUCCACAUUCUUCGAGAAAAUGUGAUCCUUCUGAAUUUGGAGAACAAACCGAUCUUAACUGGAGGUUUAUGUCUACUGGUGAUCGGUAUGUGUACUGUAUUGUAGAAAAACAAACUGGAUUCUCCCCAUUUAUUUUGCAAAAUAAACUACUCGUAUUCGAUCUCUGGAGUGGAACUCGCAGUUAUUAUAAGAGCUCUACAACCCCAGACCUUGCGGAAUUCUAUGAGACAUGCGAUGGUAAAGGAAUAGCCGUCAUGGACGAUGGAGCAGAUAUAUCAUUCCAUGCGGUCACCAUCGAUCAUGAGCAUCACAAAAUCGACAUAGGACAAUCCCAGCUCACACUAGGAAAAUCUCCGAGCGCAACUGGUAUCCAUAGAGGAAGUUUUGGAUUCAGCACAAGGAGUGCAAAGGGCGUGACGAUGGUGAUUCCUUACGAAGGAGGAAUAAGUGUGAUUGAGAUGGAUGUGAAAUGCAAUGUCAAGAAAACAGACAUAGAAUGCGAUAGCGGUCCAUGGUCGCGCAGUGAACCUUGGCAAGAAGGUCGAAUGCUCUACUGCUUUCACUCUGUGGCUGAUGAGUUUGAAGAGGACGAGUUUUCCGGUCUCAUUGUUUCUGCAAACCUCGACACUGCUGAGGUUUCAUGGGUCUCCCCAGCAGAAGAUCAUCCAGACUCUUUCUUUGAUGAUCCGAAUCAUCCUGUUUGCCUAGUUCGAACAGUGCAUCGAAGUGGGAAACUCUGGGUGACAACAGAAAAAGCCAUGGAGAAUACUGUGAAAAUUUACGUUAAGGAUGAUGAGGGAUGGCACGAGCUGGAGUAUCCUAUCGCAGACACAAUGUUCCUUGUGGACGUGAGGAAAGAUGGCAAUGCUCUUGUUUUGAAUGUGGAGAAGCAUCCUGAAGGACACUUUCAAGAGGACUAUGUUUCAUUUGCUGUGAUGAACAGAUGCGGUGUCCCUUCUUUAAAAUCCAUAGCCAGAAAAGUGGUCCUUAGAUGUUUCGAAAAUUUCCGUCAUGACAAACAUCUGUGCAAGAUCAUUGGCCUUGGCAGUUCAUAACAGCUUGCUCCUCCAUGUCAGAACUUCUCUUCGAUGGCAGUUGCCCACAUGUAAAUACAGAGAACCAGAGAUCAGGGAUUAGAAAAAUCUCGCAGAUAAUUUGAUUGUUGUUAUUUGUAUAUAUUUGCAGUUUUGGCUGUCUAUAUCAAUCUAUUUGUUGCUAUUGUGCCUUUACUCCUAACUUGCUGUUUUCCCCGCCUUUUUAAGUUACUGUACGCACCUCUAUUUUGAUAUGAGUUGUAAAUAUACUAAUAAAGCAAUCACA